AGUUGAACAAGAAAAUGGAUGGAAAUGCCAAUCAGUGUCGAGGUUACAAAUCACAACAGAAGGAGAGCCAAUAAGAGUGUUCGUCCCUUACAAGCUCUCCAAGCGAUUAUUCAUUGUGUCUAUCUGUGUUCCUUUAUUGUAUAUGUCUCAGUAGUACGAGAAUAUACUUCAGUAUACAUAUAGUAAAUGUAUUGUUGAAACUUGUGUUGACAUUUCUAGUGACAUAACCCUUAAGAUUGAAUCGCAUUAUUGUUUUUAUCGUUGAAUCGGAUUUUAUAUUUAUACACAACUUUUUCUUAAGCUAGCAAACUCUAAACUCACAUCUAUUUAUUAAAUGCUCGAUGUAUGCGCAGUGACUGAUAAGGUUAUAGGGUGAAUAUAUCAAUCAUUUGUAAGUGUCUUAUUUUGUUAAGAUGAAAAACUAUUUUUCACCGGAUAAGUAGUGCACUACUGAUGAUAUGCGCAUUGUGCGGGACGUCAGUGAUAUAGGAUAUUGCAAAUCUUUAUUACCCUGUUUGUUUCCUAGAAGAGUGACUCAACUAAGAAAAAUACAUUUUGUCAGAAAAUUACUUUAAAAUGAAAAGUUUGAAGUGUUGGAAAACUAUUAGUUAUCCAUCUAUGUAUUUAAGAAAAAGUUUUAUUUAAAAUAUUUGUAAUAGUCUGAAUUUUUUAGGGUUUCUAAUAAAAUAUAAUUUAAUAUAUAUAUUAUUUAAAAAAUAGUUGAAACCUCUAUUUUUUCUUGUGACACAUUGGAUCAGUAAAUAAUAUAAUUUUGUUAAGGAAUCAUGCCACUCCCAUAAUAACAAGUGGUUUGCUUUUAGAACAGAAUUGAUAAUUGUUAAGAUAUGUUAAUCUUUUAUCAACCAACAAUUUAUAGUUGAUAUACAUGAGCAGGUUGACUCAUUGUAUAAUAUUUUUCUACUUCUGGAAUUUAUGACAAGUAUAGUUUACUAUGUUAGUUAACUCAAGUUAUAUUAUUAGAUAGAAGCUUCUACUGCAAUGUGUUAAGAAGUUUGUACUGAUUAAAAUAUCAUAAAAUAUUUUAAAAGUUGUACACAUACUAAAUAAAGUUAUAAAAGAUAUACUUAUAGACACAAGCAAUGUCACAAGCAACCACUGUUGAAACAAUCACUAUUACUAGACCUUUCAAGGUGAUAGCAUUCAUAUGUGGAAUAAUAGUAAUAUUAUUAAUGAUAAUGGGCUUAGCCUCUACCGACUGGUUAAUGGCAUUGGGAUGGAGACAAGGUCUAUUUGCACAUUGCAUUGAAGAAGCAGCACCUACUCCUCUCCCAUUUAAUGUGCCAGAUUCGGCAGGAUGUUUUCAAGCUAGAGACGUUGCUUAUAUAAAAGCAGCUGCUGCCUUAUGUGUCGUAUGUUUAAUAACAGAUAUUGCAGCAACGAUUCUCACUGGUCUUGGUUUGAGAUCACAAGAUAAUCGUGACAAACAUAAAUAUUAUAGAUUUGCAGUCUUCUGUAUGGGAUUUGCAUUGGUAUCACUCUUAAUAGCUUUAGUAAUAUACCCAGUGUGUUUUGCUGCAGAACUUAACUUUGGAAACCGACCAAUGUGGGAAUUUGGUUGGGCAUACGGAGUUGGUUGGGGUGCGGCUAUAUUUUUGUUUGGUGGAGCAGUGUUGUUAUUAUGCGAUAAGGAAAGCGAAGAAAUUUAUUACAAAGAAAGAAAAAUCGUUCGUGAUGAUGUCGGCGGCGGCGGUUCUAUGAUUGGUAUGGGACAUCAUGGUGGACGAAGUGGGACGCAAUUAGCCUAGUGGCAUUGCUCCCUGCCCGACGUUGUUCUCUAGGUGAUUAAUUUCUUCUUUUUCUGUCCUCACCAUUUGAUACAUUUAUGGAGAAAAACGUACACAUGUAUAAGAGUGAAUGGUUUUUAUAUAUAGUCUACUUGUUACACCAGCAUGUAUUGGACAUAAUUAUCACUUUGAUAUAGGAUGUACGAAACAUCUUAUCGACGAAAACAAGGUUCGUAAAUUGACUGAAACUUGAUUAAUUCGUUCGUGGGUUACCAAUUUCCAAUUUCUCAUAGUAACAAUUUUGGGACCAUUGCUCCAUUCAGUUUAUUAUAAAAUUAUGUGUUAUGUAUAUUAUAUAACUACAAAUAUUUUUUAUGUAGUAUGUUUACAUCAUUCCUUUUAAAUUUGUUAAUUAACUUUUCAUACCAUUAUUACAAUGGUAUGUUGCAUUUCUUACCUGUGAAACAUUACAACAAAGCCACAAUUAUUAUUGCUUACUUUUAAAGUAAAGUGACAAGCAAUAUUUUUAAUAUGAAUUACUCAAUCUGCUAGCAUUUAUAACUUUUUGUUAGAGUUUAUUACUGUGCCUGCAUCAACAAUGUAUUAUCGUAUUUGGCCGACGUUAAAAAUGAGAUUUGCCGUUCGAAAAUAGCAAACAAUACCGGAGUACUUAAAUAAAGUUUGAUACUUCUUCAUUUAUGAAGACUUAGGCAAACAUUCCAGUAAAAAAAAAGCUAAAAAACAUACGAGUAAUUAAUACGAUCACAGGAUUAGACACUGCCUGAUCUUUAGUCAAAUAAUGAGUAUCAUUAAUUAUUUUUAUUUUUAUAUAAAAAUUGCAGCUUUGAUUUAGUUACUAUUUAUUACGUUUAUUUCUUAUAUAUUGUAUGUACAUAUACAUUUAUAUGUAUAUAUAUUAGAUGCUAGUAAUUUAUUAUUUGCUUGCAUUUACUUUUCUUACUAUUAUUGAAAGUGAUAUUUGCUUUAAUCAAAUUAUUUAUAUUAUCAAGGCGAUUAUUAAUAUUUUUGGUAUAUUAUUAUUAUUUAUAUCUUCAUACAUUUUGCAAUAAAACUUGGCCAAAAAUUGUUUUAAGCGAUAUAUUGUGAUUACAUACACGCACACUAUAUAAAUGAAAUAACAAAAAUUUCAAGUGGUCUUCAGUGCUGGAGGAAAGUAGCACUUAUGAAGAAAAAAAUUGCAUGCUUGGGCACAUUAUUGAUUAGUAUAAAUUUUGAUUAGUUAUUGAUUUUAAGAUAUUUUGAGAUGAAUGAUGUAUUAUACAAUGAUCAAAUUUUCCAUCGCGUAACUAUAAUUUUACGGAUAAAUUAUCAUUAAUUCCUAUAUAUUAUUUCCAAGAUUUUUAUACAGAUUAUCCUAAAGUCUUUCUUUGUUAAUAAAAGUGCAAAUGUGCAAAUCUUUUUCUAUUGUACUUUAGAACAUGUAAAUGCAUGUAAUUUUCAUUUUUCAAGUACAGUUAUUUAAAUUAUAAAUAUUUUUUAUUGCAAAAAGUGCAUGAAAAGACAGAACAAUGUAAUUUUGAAACUGAUAUGAUAUUUGAUUUAAUUAUAAAGAAUAUCUUUAGUUGUUUAUCUCUAAUUGAGGAAAAGAUGUUUAAUUGUAAAUUUUUAAUCGUGUAGAUGAUUUAGUUUCAUAUUAAUAAUAAUAGUAAUAAAAAUGACUAUUUUGUUCUGUCUUAAUUUAAAUGAGUAAAAUCAUUAAACUUAAAUAAAUAAAAUCAUGUAUAUCUAUCCUUUGUCAAUACGUUAAUGUAAUUAAAUGUUCGAGGUGAUAUGUAUAAAUUGAACAAAUUAUAAGGCUGGUAUGAAUUGUUAUAAUAAUUUAUAUAUCUCAAUAUUUUCAUUAUGUUUUAUUUUUAUUUAAUAAAAGGAAAGAUUAGUAUGUGUCAUCGUAUUAAGAGUAAUCAUAUUAAAUUAUCACACCAUUUACCAAGCAUGUAUGCAAUGUGAGAGCUGACAUAUGUAUGCAUUAUAAGUUUCUAAUGAUAUUUUCAAUAUUACAGAAAUGAAAAACAGAAACAGUAAUAUUGAAAAUUCAUUAAAUUGGAUAAAAACAAAUUUCUAGCAGUAUUAUGUAUUUCAUAAUAACUCUUAAUUGGUAACCAUAUCUUUUUUCCACUUAAUUUUUAUGGAAUGAACAUUUCAUAAUUUUCAUCUACCGUCUCUAAGGAGAAGUUUCAACUUCCCCGUGAAUUAAAUAUAUUUUAAGUUAAAAACAGCACCAAAUAUUUAAGUGUGCGACAGAAUAGAGGCAGCUCGGGCAGGUAUUAUCUAUUAUGUUAUCUGCAUUACAUACGUGUACGUAUAUGUAUAUAUAGGUAUUUUAUAAAUACAUGUAAUAGAAUGAUACAGUUGCAGUUAUGGCGACACUCUAAUAAGAAAAAGGUUUGAAACAGGAAACCCGUACAUGCACUUCGUAUGACGCGGCAAAUCAAUCAUGCUUUUUACAAUGAAAGACAAAUUCGUAUUUUAAUGUUAAGGAGUUACAGUGCGUUUGAUUCUUUAACAAACACUGUCGAUUUGCGCCUUUCGAUUUUGAUAUACUUUUAAACGAAAUACCAUGUAAGAUUUAAGCAUAUAAUUAAAUAUCGAAAUAUGUUUGAAGAUGGAGAAAAAUGAACAAAUUACGAUAUGUUAAUUAAGAGGUUUAUAAAUAUACAACAAACAACUUAUAUGCAUAAAAAAGGGGGAUAUUUCAUGUUAUCACAAACUGAAUAUAUAAUGUAAGUAUUCUGUUUGUAUGUGCAUCUUUUCUGCUGUACUUUAUACUUUAGUACUUUAAAAUAAAAAACAGGGAAUAGAAAGUAAAGUUUCAAGAAACUAACGUUCUAAGAUGUUGCAAAUUGUAAUUUCUGAGAAUUUAUGUAAUCGAAUCCACGUUUCGAAGUUGCAAUCAAGAGAAAUCAUCAUUUUUAACUUAAAAGAAAAUACCGCUAUAUAUAGCGAUCUGUUAAGUGAUUGUCAACAAAGCUUGUAUUUCUGUAUUAGAACUGCAAUGUAGAUAAAUUCAUUUUCCGCUCUACUAUCAUGAUAUAUGUAUAUGUAAGCAAACAGAUGAAGAUGAUUGUAAUUAAAUAACUAUAGAUAUAAUGUAGAAUUAAUAGAGCACCAUACCAGAGUAAAAAAACCUUAGUAGUUUGUUACAUACAUGCAUACAUACAGUCUUGAAACAAAAAUGAAUUCUCUGUCAUGUAUAAUAAAUAUAUACAUAUAUUGAAAUUAAGUAGUGAGAUGAAAAUAAUUAAAUGAAUGCUACUGUAAAUGUGUAAUUUCUGUAAUGUCUUUAUUAUGAUUUUUUUUUUCGAGAUAUUACACUUAUGUUAACGAAACAUUAUAGAGUUUUUGUUACCAGCGAUUUGUUUCAGUGAUGAUUAUUUUCUAAUUUGUACAUUGUAAUAAAUAUACAUCAUAUUCUAAUUCGUGAGAAGGAAACUUUUAAAGAAUUAUUUACAGGAACAAAACUAUGUUGUAGAAGAUUUAUUGUACGUAAAAAGUUCAUGAAAAAAAGUAACUGACAAAAGUAGUGAAACGUAAAAUACUUAACAUUUCAUAUUGUAUAGUACACAUAUCGUACUUAUUCAUGCAUAUCGUAGUAAGUCUUAUGAAAAUUAUUAACGUAGGAAUAAAAAAAUGUGUAAAUUCGUUUUCUGCGUUAUGAAAUAUUCGAAGCGAUAUGAGUAGAAUUAUAUGUAGGAAUAACAAAUUAUUUAUGCGCCAUAUUAUAAUGUAAACAUAUCGUAAUAUUGUACAAAGAAUAAACCGUAUAUCUGAAAACCAA